UCAAGAAGAAAGUUUAAAAGUGAAGAAUGAUGCGUCAGGAGCAAUGGUGCUCAGUGACUGGUCUCAACACUGAUGUAUCUGCACUGGAGAAGUUCAAAAUGUUCAAGUUCAAAACAUUCACUUGUGUUCAAAAAGUCAGUAGAUUGUUGCUAGGAUCUCCUUUUUUCAUUAAAGAGGUUUAAAAAUUAAUCGAAUAUAGUGGCAAGUUCUCUAAUUUGGUAGCACUGGAUGGACUAACAGGUGUGUGUGAGAGAACCAUCACUGGGACAACAUUGUACAGAUUCCAUAAUUGGUACCAGAACAGCUUCAGUUCAUUUUCAGAUUCAACAUUGUAUGGAUUCCAUAAUGGGUACCAGAACAGUUUCAGUUCAUUUUCAGAUUCAACAUUGUAUGGAUUCCAUAAUGGGUACCAGAACAGUUUCAGUUCAUUUUCAGAUUCAACAUUGUAUGGAUUCCAUAAUGGGUACCAGAACAGUUUCAGUUCAUUUUCAGAUUCAACAUUGUAUGGAUUCCAUAAUGGGUACCAGAACAGUUUCAGUUCAUUUUCAGAUUCAACAUGCUGAAUAUGGAAAAUCCUCUUAUCCAGGUUUUGGAGGUAAAAUGAGUUCUCAGCAGUUUCCACGGGCACCCUUGCCUCCUACAGGAGUGGGACAAGGCCCAGCACCUGCUGGCAACAGCACCCUCAUUCCUGGAGGCCAACCAGGUGGAGAAGAAGGCACCAGAGAUGCAGACCACCCUCAGGACCCUCUGCCUAGUGGCAGAUUGUCUGGAGCAGCUUUGCAGUUUCGUGAUGAUAAACAGGAGACAGUAGUGGUUAGGCCCUAUCCUCAAGUGCAGACUUUGAGCCAAACUCCAGCUUUGGCGCAACACAUGUCUAUCCAGCCGAGUGCCACAGUCACUGUAGCUGCACCACCAGCUCAGUUGGCCCCUGGCCAGCAGCCUCCCUUUACUGAUGGAGCAAUCAAGGCUGGCCUAAAACCUGGUAUGCCCAGUCGACUUAUUGCACCAGCUCCAGCUACUAGUCAAGGGCACCUUCCCGGCCCAGCAAAGGUCCCUGGUCAUAUUACUGUUACUCUAGAAAGCAGUAUGGCUCCAGCCUCCAUCCCUGUGGCAACCAUCAGCGGUCAGCAGGGACAGGGUAAUGUGCACCACUUGACCGCUGUGCAGAUUAUUAGAGGCAACACACCUGCACUGCAGAUCAGCUCUCCUACUGCUUCCCCUCACACUUUCACCUCCCACCUGCCCAGAGGUGCAGCUGCUGCAGCCGUGAUGUCGAGCACUAAAGGCCCUACUGUACUGAGACCUGCGUGUGGAGCAAAUGCAGCGCCUGGUCAACCUGCAGCUGUACAGCACAUCAACCACCAGUCCAUUUCGUCUCGACCUGUAGCCACCACCUCCACCGCUGUGCUGCCUACUGUGGUUGCCCCCAUUUCAACAGCCAGAACCCAGUCUCCUGUUAUCAGCCCUCCAGUUACACACACUGCAGAAAUAAUGUAUGGGCGUGCAGGGCUUACAAUCCAUCCUGUUCCUCCUCCUGCCACCAUCAGUAUCCAGAGGCCUCCAACGCCAAGAGAAACUGCACGCAUCACACUGCCUUCCCAUCCAGCUAUGGGAGCUCAAAAAGCCCAGCCUGCACACACCAUGACACAGAAGUCUAUUUUCAGCACUGUGGCUCCAGUUGCUGCAGCAACGGUUGCCCCGAUCCUAGCUACCAAUACAGUGCCAUCAACUGCCACCACAGGUUCUGCACCUCAUACCCAGAUGAGCAGCAGUACAAUAGUCACUAUGACGAUGACUUCCCACUCUUCACAUGCAACGGCUGUAACAAGCUCUACAAUUCCUGUUGCUAAAGUCGUUCCUCAACCGAUUGCCCACACUUCCCCUCGGAUCCAACCUGAAUAUUCCGGGGAAAGAACAAACCUGAUCUCCAUCUCUGGCCACCGCUCGUCCCCAAACCCUGUCACUAUGGAGGCCCGCAGUGACAAUAGACCCACUGUGCCUGUCCAGUUUCAGUACUUUUUACCCACGAACCCACCAUACGCCUAUCCACUCACUCAUACCUAUACACCAAUCACUAGCUCUGUUUCCACCAUCCGACCCUAUCCAGUCACAGCACAGGCUCCAAGCUCGGCAAUUCCUGCUCAAGCUGGUGUGGGUGUGGCCACCACUGUGCAUUUAAAUCCCAUGCAGCUAAUGGCUGUGGAUCGCAUCGGCCUGCAGUCAGCUCAGAUCAGUACUCAAAAUAUCCAGGCAGCUUCCAUGACUCCACAGGGUAUUCAACCUGCACCAAUUGGAGUACAAGGUCUGCAUGCCACAGCACCAAUCAGUACGCAGGGGAUUCAGCAGGCACCAGUCACCACACAACAGCCACAGGCAGAGUCAAAACAAUCAACAGGUGUAGUUCUGGCUGAGAGCACUGCAUUUGUGACCAACCCAAUUGGCAGUACAUUCAGCCCUACACAGCCUGUCACCACUAUAGUUCAGACUCACCCCCAGGGGACAAGCACAGGUGCCCCCACGCAAGUCUCUUCACCCAGACCCAGCAUCCUCCGCAAGAAACCUGUGAAUGAGGGGGCUGUGCGUAAAACUUUGAUCCAGGCGCAGUCGAGCGAGCCUAGUACUGCAAGAGUGGAUAGUGGCGUGCGACUUGCUGGAUCCCCACGACCAGCGGGAGUGAAGCCCAAGCCUGACAUUCAUGUUGCCAUGACGCCUCCAGUGAUGGCCACCGUGGAGGCCCUGCCAACUCAUGGUGGUGAACAACAGCCCCUCUCCUCUCCAGCUCAGCACCUAUCACAGGCUAUUCCUGCUCUUCUUGCCCCACCCAUACCUCCACCUCCCUCUCAGUCUGCAGCAGUUCUGUCUGCCCUCCCUGCAGCCAUGGCCAUAACGCCUCCUGUUCCUGCCUCUAUGGCCAAUGCUGUCUCCUCUCCCACUCAGCCAGCAGCCAGUAGCACAGCAGCGCUUAGCUCCACCCUCCCGGAGAUCAAAGUAAAACAGGAGGCGGAGUCAAUGGACACCUCACAGCCAGCUCUUUCCAUCCCCUCGUCGACAGCCCCAGCCUCCAUUUUCUCUCCUCAGGCCUCAGGCCUCACAGUGCCCCCUCAACCCGGAGAUCUUCUUCUGCCUGGUGCAUCGCCACGAAAGAAACCACGCAAACAGCAGCACGUUAUUUCAAACGAAGAGGGAGAGAUGAUGGAGACCAACAGCACAGACGAAGAGAGGGCCAGCAGCAGAACUCCAGGGAGUAAAACAGAGAGACCAGAGUCACCUCCCAGGGAAUAUGUGGAUGAAGAGGGUGUACGGUAUGUGCCUGUGCGUCCCAGACCCCCAAUCACGCUCCUGCGUCAUUACAGAAACCCCUGGAAAGCUGCAUACCAUCACUUCCAGAGAUACAGUGACAUCCGCGUUAAAGAGGAGAAAAAGAAUUCUCUCCAAGACGUGGCCAAUCAGAGAGGGGUUGCAUGCCGUGCACAGGGAUGGAAGGUACACUUGUGUGCGGCGCAGCUUAAGCAGCUGACAAGCCUAGAGCAUGACGUGUACAGCCGCCUCAUUACGCUCCAGGAAGGACUCAUCCCAAAGAAGAGAGCAGGAGCUGAUGAUGACCUGCAUCGUAUCAACGAGCUCAUCCAGGGUAACAUGCAGCGCUGUAAGCUCGUGAUGGAUCAGGUGACUGAGGCAAGAGACACCAUGAUGAAAGUUCUGGACCAUAAAGACAGAGUCCUCAAGUUACUCAACAAAAACGGCACAGUCAAGAAGAGCUCCAAGUUAAAGCGCAAAGAUCGGACCUAGAAAAAACGGGAGCAGAUUUUCUCCAUCAUCUCUGUCUUUUUAUCUGUUUAUGCACCUGUAAGGUCAAAUGAAAAAAUCUCGGUUCAGUGUUUGGACCAUGUCAUGGUUUUUCAGGUUGCUGUGCACAAUCACACAUAUGAUCUAAAUAUAUGUUCUACCAUCUACAUUAGACUGAGCAGAGAAAGCAGGUUGUAAGCUCUCUGUAUCCCUGGACCCUGUGUCAGUCCCAACCACUUAAACUCCACAGGAACUGCUGCUUAUUGAGGAUUUGUGUCUCCUUAGUUCAAGAUUAAACAGCCCACUUACUCCAACUAACAUUUUUCUUUCAUUUUCCCAAAAAGGAAAUUCUUAGUUUAGUGUUUUAAAAUGAACAUUAAGUUGCCUUAAGUUUAAGUUUUCUCUUCAUAGAUUGUCAUCGUUGUAGUAUUGGUCAUAGAGAGCCUAAGAAAUCCGCACAUGCAUAAUUUCUCUGUCAUGUCAUGAAGUGAAAAUCAUGACUCCGAGAGAGACUACGUACCUCUUCAUUUUAAUUUCUAAGCCGACUGAAGGAAAGUGUGUACAGGUGUAAAACAUGGUAUGCAGCACACACACACACUAGAGCACAGUGUGUAUACAAUCCAAGUUUCAGUGCCUUCUAUCAUGAGUGUAACGGUGGAAUUUGUCUUGUUUGCAUUCAACACACUCGAGGAAGCAUUUAUAGAUCAGUUAUGAAAAAAAGACCCCAAAUUUCCCCAGUAUAUUUCAGCCUCACUCUCCCUCAUUCGUUAGCAUUUCGUUCUGUAUUUUGUUUAUCAUCGAGUUAGUGGAUGCGCUAAAGAGAUCCGCAGUGCUGAAGACCAGUUGAGGAUGGCACAUUGAGGACGAGUAUGUACUUGAAAGAAACAGUAUAAUUGUGUAUUAAGAAUGUGUGGAUCAUUUUACAUUUUCAACCUCAGAAAAAGAUAGUUGUAUAAAAGCGAUUGACUUGCUGUUUACUGUAAGUCUGUUUUUGUGUUUGAUAAAACUGUUUUUGUGCCCUUUUAAUGUGGCUCUUCUUUUACAGAUAUAAAGUACAUGUUGUGGCUAUUUCUUAGUUAAAUAAAUAAUUUGGACUCUUUUGUACAUUUUGUUUUUCUCUUUUGUUAUCUGUAUACUAUGUGCUAUUGCAGUAAAAGAAACUAUGUACAAUUCUA